UUUACUUCUUCUCGGCAACCAAGAAUAUAUCUAAAAUGCGUUUAUAUAAAAUAUUUUGCCUAAUUUGUUCCAUAUUUGGCUGUGUUUCAGCUUUAAAAGAUCCGAGCUGUGCUGUUGAGUUGUUUGGCCAAGGUGCUUGCAACACUUUGAUUACUCGAAUCGGCUAUUUACGUUGGGAAAACAUGUGUACAUCAAAGAACUUUGUUGCAUGCGACACCGAUGGAACUUCAUUUGAGAGCAUUAAGGAAUGCGAAGAUAAAUGCAAAGAGUAGUCUUAUGGCUGUAAAAUAAAAAAACAAUAUUAAAUAUUUCAAAAAGUCAC